ACAACAAUGGCUUGCUUUGCAAAUGCAUAGGCUGUAUAUGCUUCCUUUAGUGGUGAACGCUUCAUUUUGGAGAGACUGUUGCGUACAUGCGCAUCAGCUAUCCGCGAGUGUGCCGCCUAUGCCAGCGCUGAGAAGAGAAUGAAGUCCGUGCGCGGGCAUGGCAACAAGCAUAGAUGAAGAUGAGACAGUCAUAGCAGAGGCUAGGAUGUCGAUCACAGCGGUAGAGCGUGCCACUCCGAGCAAAACAUGAUCGAGCGAUGACGGAAUAGGAAUUCGGUCUUUUAAUCCCAUUCACCAGCCGUUCUGUUUUAUUGUUGAUAAUAAUACCAAAAAUGCGUCCCGGGCUGAAUCAACAAGCCAAUGGACUAAGUCUCUCCGACACCGUGGAUCCGUUCAAGAGGAGCAAGAGGAACUCCAUCAUUGUGACAGCAUUGCUGUUCAUUGUGUCCAUCCUUAUACUCGCCAUUGGGCUGGCCGCAACCACCAGGACUAAGAACAUCACUGUGGGAGGGUACUACCCUGGGGUCAUUCUCGGUUUUGGUUCUUUUCUCGGCAUCAUAGGAGCCCACUUGGUUGAAAACAAAAGACAGAUGGUAUGUUUACACUUUGUGUGCCUUCCAUAUUGCACCGUCCAUUUCUGGCCUAAAGCUGUUUCUUUUUCCAGUGAAUGGCACUUUUGUAAUGUCAUGUUCCAAAAAGAGAUUUCCCUUAUGGAGCACAAAGCCUCGUACAUGGAGAACCAAUGCAUUUGUGUUUCUUUAUUAGUGUUUUUUGUGACAAUACAUUUUUGUUGUGUUACGGUUUCCUCAUAUAGUGUAAAGUUGAGCAGUGAUAUGUGUUUGCUGCAGGACCUCAGACCUUUCUAUGCUGGACGGUGCGAGUAUUACACAAGUUCGACAUCAUUUGACCGGGAUGUGAAUUGUCUAACAGCCUCACGUGUCUCCUGCAACCUGCGUGUAAAGAGCAACACCUGCUACUGCUGUGAACUGUACAACUGUGGCAACCGGGUUGAGCUGAUGGGAGGUUACCACGAAUAUACGGAUGUGCAAAGCUGCCAGGAUGUGGUACAUCUCUAUCACCUGCUGUGGUCAGCUACCAUCCUCAACGUAGUGGCCCUCUUCCUGGGCAUCAUCACUGCUGCUGAGCUGGGAGGCUUUAAGGAUAUGACUCCCACCUCAGCCUCUGACAGCUGCGAACCAGAACCCCUUCCUGUCCCUGCCCCCUGUGAACCCCCACCCCCGACUACUUCCUACAACUCCUACUUCAGUGGUGCCCCCUGCUUGCCACCGUAUACUCCCUAUGACCCACAGGCCUGCAGCACCUUCCCAGACUCCUCGGGCCUGUCGGAUGACUCUGGAGCAAGCUACAUGUGGCCAGCUCAAGUCCCUCCACGCUACUCUCCCCCUUACUACCCCCCUGAUGAGAAGCCUCCUCCAUACUCCCCUUAAAUGGAACUCUGCUGGGGAGGGCCUGAUUCUCCCCUUGGUACCACUCUGCUCUCCCCUGGGAAGCCCAGGGUGAGAUGAGAGAAGGAGAGAGGAGGAGAGAGGAGGGGUGGCCAUCUCUCUCUGUCCCAGCCAUGACAUGAUUGUGAACCUCUUUUUGUCUCUGGCUGUCAAAAGGGCAUAGGGGGCUAAGGUUGUUUGUGGACCAUGACAAACACACUUCUGUUGUACAUACGUAUAGGCAAUGGGGCUGUCCCUGUUGGCAUGGGUUUACCAAAGCAGCACUGCCUAAUCUGCUCUGUGCUAAACAGUACUGGGGGGGUCAUAGUUGGAGGCAGGGGAGAUAAUAAUCACAGUAAUAAUCUGUGAUGAUGUCUUUGUGUUGGGAUAAAGCAGGGGUGCCAAACUCAGUAUCUGCAGGUAUUUGUGGUUUCCUUUCAAUCAGAAUCCAAUUAAGGCCUUGUAAACAAGGAUUCUUUAGCCUAUCCACGACUUUAAAAAUCACAGGUGAAUCACUGGUGCUGAAACACAUCGAAAACCUGCAGACACUGGAGACUUCCAGGACUGGAGUCUGAUACCUGUGCACUAAGGUGUCAUCAGAUUUGAUUUCCUGCAGUACUGAAUACAAUCAGGAACACAUCACAAAUUACACAAUCUAUCCGGUAAGCCAUACCAGAAUCUCCCAUCACCCUCUCAGUAGGGCCCAGACUGUUUACAGAUCUACAUUAAUGACUGAUCUGCUGGUCUGUACUGGAUCACAAGUCCAGCUGUGAAAUCCUCCAUGGAGACACUCAGUGAAACUUGCCUCUCAGUACCACUUCUUGCAUGUGACCUUAAUUUCCUGUUUGACUCUACCAAUUCCUUUUCACCACACUUAAUAACCUGACUAUACCACUACUGCUUAAGUUCUCUUUAUUACCACGGUUAAUAAAGUAGGGUUCAGACAGACAGUGACAUAUCUGUGCAGCUCCAUUUGCUUAUAUGGCUAGGUAGCUUCUGCUUUGGCACCAAUGCAUGGAUACACCAGUCUUACUUAACCCAUUGUUGCUAAUGCCCUUCACAAUUUAUCUGCCCAUUGGUCCCAAAUCGUAAAAGGUCCACCACUUCCUGUUACCACCGCCUCUUUUCAGAAUUAAUUCUGAAAGUGCCUCCUCUGUUGGUUCCACUGCCUUUUCAUAUACUGUAUAGUGUUGAAGAAAUCGGAAGCUGGAGUCAGUUAGAUCAUACUUGCAAAUCUUCCCACAUUUGCAAAAAUGUAAAUUAGAUCGGUUCUCUGUUUUACUUCAUACUUGGCAGCUAGAUACUAAUGACUGUAGUGAUGACAGCCCACAUUGUGCAAUGCUAUGAAAACUGAAAUAUGUAAAUCCUUCUUUGUAAAUUCAUUGGUCAGUGUCUCCAAAUGCAUAGUAUAGGACAUAUAUACAGACUCACAUAUUUAACAGAAUUCAGAUAUGUUAGGAAUUAAUUCCUUAUUUGUGUGAAAAAAGGUAUCGUUGGUAUCAAAGAUAUUCAUUCUAUGUGCAAUAUGCAUUGUUCUUUACUGUGAAUUGCAAGUAUCUGAAAGUGUGACAAACAAAAAUGAUAAGCCUGGUGGCCACCAUGGAAACAGGAAAGGAACAAUGCUGUGUAAGGAUCUAAAUUUGUAAUGCUAAGCACAGGUACCUUUCAUUCACUUUGAAGAAAGAAAUGGUUGUUUGAUAUGUCAGUACUCCAGUGCAACAAAGUCUGCAUCAAUGAGGAGGAACUCAUUUUGAGCACAGCGUAAUUGAUCUUGUCUUUUGUCUUGCACUAAAAUUCACUGUAUGGUCUUUGUGCUUGUUGAUACACAAUUAAACAAUGUCUUGUACAAUCCAAAAUAUCAAAAUCCUAAAACAUGCAUAAUGUGCUAUAAAGAUAUAUUGCUUUCUGAAGCUGAAGCACGGAUACCCCUGUAUUUCUGAGUGACCACAAACAUUUCAACCUUCAGUGUUGAAAGAAAAGAAACAAGGUGAAAAUUCAGGAAUGUGAGGGCUCCAGAUGACAUCAGAGUUCAGUUGCCUUUGUGAUGGUCUUUUUCUUACUUCUUAGUGUGCUUUGGUAAUGUAGUUAUCUGUCUUCGAGUGGAUUUAUACAAGAAUCUGCCUUCUGACAGAAAUACAAUAUAUUAUUUAUGGUGUUAAAUACCAAUUUCUCCCUUUCCAAAUAUGUCUUCCUUGAAGUUAUAAUAAGAUACCUUUAAAGGAAAUUCUAGUGUGUAAAACCAAAUAUUGAACCCACUGCCACUAAACUACCUUUAGAUGCAGAAGUUAUUUUUCCCACAGUCACUGCUAUGAUAAUGAUGUGUACCUGCACUGUGCAAAAUACACCAGUGUCAACUGGAGUGAGAGAUGUCAGACAGAACUGGAAUGUAUUCUGCCUUACUCCAGUUCUGAGUGACAAUGCCAAAACAAAAAAGAAACAUUUGUAUUUGAAUCAAGUCUUAGAAGGAAAGCAAACUACAAUGAAGGAGUAAUUCAAGUGGCACUUUGGUUUUAAUAUUAUAUUGUAAGCACUCAACCAUGGCUGUGUUCUUCAUUGUUGACCUAUGUAAUUUUUUUAAAUAAUGCAUAGUGCUACCCUACAAUAAACUGACAGAAUACUUAUUUCA